AUGCGGCCUCUAAUGUUGAAGGCUGAAUUGGCAAAGGGAUGCCAAACCAAUAAUGUGGAAAAGGCCAAAGAUGUCAAAGACCUGCCGCAUUACGACACCGAGUCUGCCUGCUGUGCUGGCUGUCUGAAUCUCAUAGACGAUGAAGAAGUCAUCGAAGCGCUCGACUCUGAGUGGCAUGUUGACUGUUUCCGCUGUUCUGUCUGUGAUAUAGCACUUUCCAAUUGGUACUUUGAGAAAGAUGGGCUCCUUUUUUGCAAGAAGGACUACUGGAUGAAGUAUGGUGAAUGCUGUCAGAAUUGCGCACAGGUGAUCACAGGCCCGGUGAUGGUUGCGGGAGAGCACAAGUUUCAUCCGGAGUGCUUCUGCUGUGCAGUCUGCAGCUCCUGCAUUGGCGAUGGAGAAGCAUAUGCCUUGGUGGAGAGGUCCAAGCUUUACUGGUCAGUAUCUUAUAGCAGUUUCUUGUGUAGGUUCAAUAUCGAAUGUUUAGACUUGUUUCAUGCAUUGUUUGAUCAAUGUUGUAUUGUUGUGCAUUGUUUGAUGCAAAACAGUGGGACUUGCUACCGGAAGCAAGUGAGUGGCCUCAACGGGCAGCGAGUGGAGAGUACCCUUUGGGCAGACAAAAGGCCUCAUUCCAUACAGCUCCUUGAAUUGCCACCAUCAGGGAAUGCCCCAAGGGGAAUCCGGCUUUCCAUCGACAACUGUCACCCGUCUGCCAACAUUCUUAGAGUUCCGAGUACCCCCAAGUCCGUCCGCAUCUCCCAGCUUGAUAGCAGCUGCUACGAAAUGAUGUGCCUUCAUAUUGGGGAUAGAAUCCUUGAGGUAAAUGGCACCCCUGUGGCCAAUCAACCACUCAACAAGAUUCAAGAUCUUGUGGACAAUUCCACCUCAGUGAUCCAGCUGACAAUUGAGCACAUUCCCCAGAGUUUUCUGCCCAACCGUCGCCGAAGUGCUCCUCCCCCACCAACCUGCCUCUCCCUCAACAACUCAUUCAAGGAACGCCUUUAUAAGCGUCGCGACGAAGGGUACCUGAGUGGUGGGAGCGAGGGACGCUCUCGGAACCUCAAACGUGGAAAGGAGUCCAGGCCCAGGAGUUCAUCCAUGCCACGCCUUUUUGAUGGGUCAGCAAGAAAUUUGGCUACAGUCCCAUUGAACUCCCUUAGGUCGUUCGAAGACGACUUUAACUCGUCCCGGUGCAAUCUGUCCCGGACUAAAUCGUUCCGUGUGGAACCUCGCAAGCAACGAUUCUUUCGAGCGUCAGACCUGCAGCGAGGAGAACUUCUCGGUCGUGGCUUCUUCGGACAGGUGUUCAAAGUCACUCAUAAGGACACUGGGGAAGUUUACGUAUUGAAAGAACUGUAUCGGGUGGAUGAAGAUGCACAGAAGAAUUUCCUCAAGGAGGUGGCUGUGCUGAGAAGCCUGGAGCAUGAAAAUGUGCUCAAAUUCAUUGGGGUCUUGUGCAUGGACAAGUGCCUUCACUUGGUCACAGAGUAUGUGAGUGGAGGGACGUUAAAAGACGUGAUCCAAAAUGAGAGUGAGCCACUUUCAUGGUGCCAGCGAGCAUACUUUGCCAAAGACAUUGCCAGUGGGAUGGCCUAUCUCCACUCAAUGAAUAUUAUUCAUCGGGACCUCAACUCUAACAACUGCCUUGUUCGUGAACCGGAUCGAACAGUCGUGGUGGCGGACUUUGGCCUGGCACGCAUUAUCUCUCAGGGCUCAACUGGAGGGGGGUUGGAACGACGCCGCAGUAAACGCAGCCGACGCACCGAGCGCAAAAAACGAUACACUGUGGUUGGAAAUCCGUAUUGGAUGGCACCAGAAAUGAUGAAGGGGAAGAAAUAUGACGAAAAAGUUGACAUAUUUUCCUUUGGCAUCGUGCUUUGUGAGCUGAUUGGAAGAGUACAGGCAGAUCCAGAUUUUCUUCCCAGGUCAUCUGACUUUGGGCUGAAUCAAAGUGUAUUCCUGGAGAAAUUCUGCAAGGAAUGCCCUGAAACCUUUUAUAGAAUCGCUUUCCUUGCCUGUGAUCUUAACCCCGAUAACCGCCCUCCAUUUGAGGUGAUGGAGGUUUGGCUGGAAAGUUUGGCCAGGCAUCUUGCCGUGAAUGCCCCCGUCCCAUCUGACCUCUCUGCAGACAUCAUCUCUUUCCCUGGUCGAAGCCCGGCCUCGUCGGACUGCGGGACUCCGGAGGACCCUCGGCUCGCCCUUCCAUCGUUGCAGCCGAUCACAGAGGGCUUGACGCAAGCGACACAGUUAUGACAUCGAAAAAGAACUCUUCUUUUGUCCUCUUGUUCUCAUCAUGGUGCUACUGGCUAAUGAGGCUAAGAUUGAUUUCCCAUUCUAGCCUUGUCUCUUGGACCACUCCUCACUGAAUUCCACUUCUGUUUCUUUCUGCAUUCCACAUUAAGCGUUCCUCAUUUCACUCUGAGAUUUUUUUUCUCAUUCCAAAGACGAUUUGCCCUAUUUUUGCACAUUCUGAUACCGGUUUGAGCUCAUUCCAUUUCUCAUUCACCUGUGGUUGCCCAGUUCAAUUCACAUAAGAAUAUGUGCAUUGGAAUUCUGACAAAUGUUGGCAAUACAACUGAAUUAUUUUGUGA